AUGGCCUGUUUGCUUGGGGAGCAUCUUUUUAAAAUUAGCGGUCAAGGCCCACCUCCUUCAAAAGAUUUUUUCCAACUUCUUAUUACCAAAACUGAGGUAAUAUGGAGCAGAUGGCAGAUUUCUGUGCAGCAUGUUGGCCGGGCCACUGCACCUGAAGAGCUCAAGAUAUCCCAUCAUGACUUCCUAGAUCAUAAAACAUUACAGCGACAAAUUGGAGCUGUUUUCGGGCAGAGGAUCCUGGAAUACACAAGAUCACUUUGUCAAGGAAAGCUUGAUUACCUGGAGCGCUUGCCUGAUGACAUAUUGCUCCAAAUCCUGUCCUACCUGGAGCUGAAAGAUAUAGCACAGCUAGCACAAGUUUCAAAGAGAUUCAGAAAGGUCUGCAACUCCGAGAGGUUUUGGGAGCAGUAUGUGAGGAAUCGCUGUGCUGACUUUAACAGUGACAUGGAGAACAUAGCAAAUGCCAGGAGCUGGAAGAUACUGUUUUAUGACUUUCUCCACACCAGUGGGAGUAAGAAGCAGCAGUGACGCAACUGAUCAGUUUUUUGACUGUG